GCGCCAGAACACAACACCGACAGCAGUGACCACUCGUCAUCACGAAAACCGCUCCUAGGAGAUCCGGACGAAAUUGAGCCCCUGACAGAUUCCUUGCGCACGCGAUCGCCAGGCACCGAAGAUGCCCAAAUUCUUCUGCGACUACUGCGAUGUCUACCUCACGCACGACUCGAUGAGUGUGCGCAAAGCGCACAACAGCGGCCGCAACCACCUACGAAAUGUCGUCGAUUACUACCAACAGAUUGGGCAUGAGAAGGCGCAGGCAGUAAUAGACGGGAUUACGAGCUCAUAUGCAGCGGAAGGGCAGAGCAUGCCGAUGCAAAUGCAACCACAAUUACCUGGUGCUGGACCUCCGGGCUUUUCUGGGCCUCCGCCGCCUGGCAUGCCUGGGUUUGCGCCCAACGGCUCAAUGCCUGCAGGAAUGCCUCCUUUGCCUCCAGGCUUCCCUCCUAUGCCACCAGGUGGUCGCGGAAUGCCACCACUCCCCCCUGGGUUCCCUGCGCCGCCAAAUGGCUUUCCACCGGGGUUCAGCCCAGCUGGUGCUCCAGGAGGUAUACCUCCACCAUUUGCCGGUUCUCCUCCAGCCAACAUGCCCUUCUCGCCCCCGAAUGGCGGCAUGCCACCUCAAAUGCCACCGGGCUUUCAGCAACCGAAUGGGCCCAGUCCUGGGCCUGGGAUGGUGAAUCCUCCGCCUGGCGUUCGAGGGCCAGCAGCUAGUGGGCCCCCAGGCAUGCAACAGCAGGACAGCCGAUGAGACUCGCGAAAAUUGAGCGACUUUGUUCUCACCUCAAUUGGUGAGCCGACACGCCUGGAACAAGUCAUGACAUCCGGCAGUGUCAGCAGAGAGGGAUGCUG